AUGAAAGGAAUUUUCUUUUGUGGUUUUGCCGCUGCAGGGCCGCAUGGGUUUGAUGUUUUGAGGAGGGAGAUAGUGGCCACAGGGGAAGGUUUAUUGAUGAUAGGCUUUUUGGGUUUUAAUCGUUUUAUACUUGCAACUGCCUCCCAAGAAGCUGUUUCAUUGCUUAAUGGCAGAAUGGAUUGGUGGAGCAACAUUGACAAUGUGAUGGAAGAUAUAAGACGGUUGGUGGUCGACAUGUUCAUGAUGGAUGUUUUGUAUCAAACUUGA